GUUGCCAAACGGGGGCCUCCGAGAAGUUGCUUCUUGCAGGUGGGUGUGGACAACUACAAAGCGUUUCUCGUCUCCCUCUGUUUUCACAAAGAGCAUGGGAAGAUGGUCAUAACCAUUGGACCAUCAUGUCCAGGGACAGCAAUAGCAUACGCAACUUACCUCCAGGGAAACUAAAGGAUAUUAAAAAGCUGUUUGAAGCGGGGACUAAUAUUCCAGCAGGUGGAACACUUUUUGGCACCCCAGCUCAAAAACCAGCACUUUUUCCACGACCUGUUGUUGAGGCACAGCCUCGUCCUGCUCCACGACAGUUGCCUUCAGCAAAAAAUGUGAGUGAACAUGGAAGUCAACAUAAAGAAGAAGGUGAAAAGCACCUAUCUGUUUCUCUGCCUUAUGCACAACAAGGAUACAAGGGUGAUUGGUUUUCUAGCAUAGACAGGAAGUCAGUUUCAAAGGCUGGCUCAAAAGCACUGAGUCCAACUGUUCAACGACGUGUCACACAGUUCAUUGAUGCUGCAGUCUCAGAUGGAGAAAAAGUGACAAGGCCUUCUAUAACAACGGGUCACAUGGAGGUACAUCGUCGCUUUGUUUCAGCAGGAGCUUACACUGGAAGCUCAAAACGAAGAUCCGACCCAGGAUCUGACCAAGAUUCAGGAAAGGAAUUGAAUGGGUGUAAACGUCCUAUGGGUGAAAGGCGACGCACUGUGGAUAAUGUUGAUCUGGGUGCCGACAGUGAUGUAAAGGAGGUAAAAGUUUCUGAGAUGUUAAAAACAUUUGAAAAGAAAGUCCCAUGCUCCGAAAAGCCAAGUCUUCCUAAAAAACCCACAAGUGUAGCAGUGAACCGAAGUCACAGUGGUGCUCAAGAGACUUCUCACAAACCUCCAGUAACUGAUGAAAACUAUGAAGCCCCAUGGGAUUCAGGAAAAAUAAUAGAACGAUUCAAGAUAAUUUGCUUGGAAGGAACUGCUUCCAUGAGUCAGCCAGAUGUGGUAGCUAUGGGUCGUGGACGACAGCCCCCUGCAGCUAUGUCAACUGGAACGACAUCAUCUCCCAAACAUCCUCGAUCAAUUGCAAGACCUACAGAACAGCCCCCACCUCCCCCUUCAAAGCCUCCUCGCACUUUUGUGCAUGAUAAAUACCUCAAAGUUAAAGGACCUGCUCCUCCAGAUGCUUCCACAGGUCAGGAGAAGAAAAAGGUUAAUAUUCAUUCAGAUAAUGUUAGUGAACCAUACAACAAGACAGGGAAAGAGAGAAUAUCAAUUUGUGCUGAUGAGAACCAGGAAAAAUCUCUUACAUCUGACCAGUACACUCAUCUAAAUAAAUCAAACAAAGAGGGCAGCUCUGAAACUGUGGGUAUUCGUGAACACCCACCUGCACGUCCGCCUCCACCCCGACCACGUCCACUAUCUGAAUUUCCUGCAAGUAGGCAUCUGCUUAAAGCAUUAGGGGACAGUGACUCAGAGAGUGAAGGCCCAGUUGUGAUUUCUUUAAAGCAAGGAAAGAAGCUGAGUCGGCAUAAGUCCAUAACAGGACGCCGUGACCCCAGUGACCAGCUUCCUGAACCACCAGAUGGCAUGGACAGCAUACAACGAUUUCCUCUGAGGAAAAGCUUCAGCUCAGAGUGCCUGAACAAAGGCUCUUUGUCAUCUCUUUCCGAUGGAGUGGGAGAAGAUCUAGUGCUGAAAGACUCAAUGAUGAGAAGCUACCAUGCUAAGGAGGUGUCUGAUGCUCCGCUGUAUGAGGCUGUCAUUGACCCUGAAGGAUACGCAGUCCCACAUCAGUUUCUUCGUAUUCAGCAUUCUACUGUAGACCCCCUGGCUUCUCAUAAGCCAUUGAGUGGGAUUGGGGAUAAGACCAGAUUCCAGAAACUUUCUUCAGGCAGUCCAGUUUCAACUACCACAAACACAGCAACACCUCUCAAAGACCAGGACAUCAAAAAGGUUUCUCAAAAGAAAAUGACUCUCGUUCAGAGAAAAAUUAACCAAGCGUACGAGACCUUACAAUUGCGCAAAAAGCCAGAGUCCAUAUCCGAAUCGGAUCAGGAUGGAACAGAACAGCAUAUUGCAGCUGAUGAAAAAGACUCAGAUUCAGACAGUAUUGUUGACAUAAAUGAAAUAAAGAAACGUGUGGUAUACUGCUCCACAAUUCGCAUGAAAACGCACCAAGCUUCACUGAAAGCCAAGCAGUACCUUGACAUGAUAUACCCACAGCUUUUUGAAUAUGCUCUCAUUGUGGGCCUGUGUCCAAAGACUGAUGAUCCUGGGUAUGAACCUUACAUCAUCCACAAGUUCCCACAAACAAGGACUUAUAAAGUUGGACAAGAAGGAUACCUUCUUUUCUGUUCAGAAAUGGUGAACAGUAAUGUGUCGGUUCCUAAAUUCUGUUUCCCGGAUGCUGAUGAAUUUCGACCUGGCACAGCAGUGUCUAUAAGUGAGUCAUACUCAUUUGUUCUCACCAACAUAGAUGGUGGACGUGUUUAUGGCUAUUGCAGACGAAUGCAGCCAAGGGAUGCCAGCCUUCCAGAGGUCAUAUGCAUUAUAAGUCCAGUUGAUGCCUUCAACAUGUACAACAAGCUGUUAAAAGAAAUUGAAUCUCGCCGUCUAAAGUCAAUGGAUAAUGCCCAAGAAAUAAUUGCAGCAUCGUUUGGUCGACCACUCCCAAAGCCAGGAAAAGUCUGUCACAUCAGAUGCUUGGAUGAAAAUGGUGAAAUGGAAACACUCUUCCUGGAAAGGCCGAUGGACAUUCAUCUAGUGCACGUGAAUUAUGAGUCACUCAUUUGCUACCUGGGUACUGAAAAGCUGAUCAAGGUGUUUUCAUCUAUGCUAAUGGAGCGUCGUCUCAUUCUGUGCUCUAACCAGCUCAGCACUCUCACACAGACCAUUCAUGCCUUGGUGGCACUGCUGUAUCCUUUCACUUGGCAGCAUGUUUUCAUUCCUAUUUUGCCACUGGAGAUGAUUGAAGUUUGUGCAGCACCGACUCCAUUUAUUAUAGGCAUCUUGCAGACUCACCUUAGCCGUGUCCUCAGCUUGGCACUUGAAGAUGUUAUCAUCGUUGAUCUGGACAAGAAGCUAGUUUUACGAUGUGCUGGUGAUGAAAUGACCAUAAUACCCCCCAAAGUUCUACGUGCUCUGAAAACAGCCAUAAACAUGUGCAAAAUUGAUACAGAUGCUAAAAACUCACAGUGGCUGAUUGUAAAAGAAGCUUUCCUGAGAAUGUUUGUGGAAGUUGUAGGCCACUUUGGUCAACACAUUACCACCCAGCAGGAUGGAACGAAAACACUCUCGCGGGAACAGUUCAUAGCAGGUGUUCAGUCAAAGAGCAUCCGCCAGUUUCUGGAAUGGUUCAGUGAGACACAGAUGUUUCACACAUUCAUCAACAUGCAGCUCGAGCGACAGGAGUGGGCCACGAUGGAUCUCUUCAUGACACGCCUAAAGGAACACCAAGAACAACAGAUGGACACUUCGAGAUGCAAAGGUAUAGGUCAAAAGGUGAAAAACAUUGGGAAAGCCAUUAAGACUAAACUUGUCACCUAAUAUUGAAUCUCUUCAUAGCCCCUUUUGUGAAAAAAGAGAAAAGCAAGUGCUAUCGGGUGUCCUUUGCAGCUAUCUCCUGCUUAUGCUGUUCCUUUUUGAAAAAAAAAAGUUUUGAUAUAGAGACUGAAAAAGAAUAUGCCAAUGAUAAUAGGUUACUUGCAUUCAGUUUGAUAGAUUUUUCUUACUGUGAGAUUUUAGGAAGUUGGUCUGCAAGGAGCAUCAGAAUCUUUUAAAAAAACCUGAAGAUGGUUCAAGUAUUCUGUAGUUUUGUUUUUUAAGUGUGUCAACUUUUCCUAGCCUAAUACUACAAGGAAGAUGUGUGGCAUUUAAAGUAUUUUGCCUCUUUUUAUGUAUGACAAGAAUUGGCAUGAAUUUUUUUUUAAUGGUUGCAUAUUUCAUUUUUUGGAAUGCAGCAGAUGUUGAUGUGAUACCAGAAAUGGCUUGCUGAAAGAUUAGUUCUGAAGAUUUGCAUGCAUAUCUUCCAUCAGCAGUCCUUAAUUUGUCUUACGGACAUCAUAAUGGCUAAAUAGGCUGAUUUUUUAAAUGCAUUGUGUUAAAUAUGAGAAAGAGUUUGUAUGUCAGAGGUGAGGUCUCAAAGCACAAGAAUGUUUCUGCUCAUCAGCUGUUGUUUGCUGAACUCUAAACUUCUUUUCAUACAUGCUGCUGAAUAAGCUGAAGAUUUAACAUUUCUUUUCAUCAGAAAUGAGUAAGACAUUUGAAAAACUUGUACUGGACCUUUCUUUUAAUCAUGAUAUGCAUUCUCAAAAUGUUUGUGGGGUAUAAGUCUUCGUGAUGGUGACGUAGUUUAAUUUUAGCUUAUUCCUUGUUUACUCCUGGAGGAGCAUAGGGCCACAACAGAUGGUGAUAUAGCAAGGUUAAUUAUGACUCAGAAAACCUGUGUUUACUAGUCCAAGUGUUCCUUCAAAGAGCUAAAAAAAUGUUUUCGUGGCAAUAGCAAAAUCAGAUUGAACAAAAUCGGCACAGAGACAGAAGUUUUUUUUAGCUAUUGUUGGUUGGCUCUUUAUGACACAAAUAUAUAGAUAUGCAUAGUAUGACAUGCAUACACUUGCACACACAGACAUACUCAUGCAUACAAAAAUCCAGCUGUGUGUAGAUGUUAUUGAGAACACACAAAACUGACAAAAAACUGCAUUUGAAAUAACAAUAGGAAUUCAGAAAGAUGUCCUCAUUUAUCAGUGGUGGAGUAGACCUACCUCUAGAAUAUGUGUUUCUUACCGAGUGAUUUUUUUUUUUUUUCUUUGAAUCAGAUUUUCUUGGUGUGUGUCUCUUCUAUUUAAAUUGUUCUCCCUCUUCUAUGGAUGCAUGUGCAAAUAUUUGCUACUCCUGUUGUGAAUCUAGUUAUUAUACUAUAUGGCAUACUUCAUCAUGUUUGAGAGCAUGUUUAAGUGGACAGUUCCAUGAUGCUUUGCUAUUGUGUGACGCUCUUCAGGCAUUUUGAGAAAUAGCUCAUACUCAUAUGUGAGUAAAUUCCUCCUCCCAUGAGUGAUUGUAUUCACUAUCGAGGAGAGAAAAAAAAAAUCAUCCAAAGAUCUUUUAAAGAAACUCAUUGUAAAUAAUUAUAAAUUGUUGUUUAUAUCAUCCUUUUGAUGGUUAUCAUUGUUGAUGUUUAACUGUUUUGUUCAAGAGCCAUAUUUUAUAUUUUUACAGGUCACCAGUGUUUUGCUAUUUAGUUUAACAAUUGUGUGCCACACAGUUUAUUUUGAGAAGAGCAUUUUGAUUUAUUCAAACCCAGUUUCAGAUGUAUAUAGACUUGAAAUAUCUGCGCACUGUAUCUGAUUUUGCAGUGACAGUUUAAUCAAUGUAGCUUUGCUGUCAAUGUAAAGGUACUUUUUGUAAGUGUUGUAAAGAUGACGAAGAUGAUUUUAAAGUUAUGAAGAAGGCAGCAACAUCUACUUUAAAUGUGAGUGGGACAGAUUUACUGAAAGAAAAUUCUUGCUAACAAGAAAUACAAUUUUUACCCUAAUUAAAGCAAUUUUUGCCACUAUAUUUCCUAUGAUAAUAUGAAUGCUGAAUAUAGCACAGGAGAAGGAAAAUUCCCAGCCUCCCUGGUAAUUUGUCUCAUCCAGAUUUGACUGUAGUUUUGUGGAUAAACUAAUAAUCCUCUCAGAACACAGUGGUGUGUCUCAGUGUGUGGGGAGAGGUAUAUCCCAGGUCAUUGUUCAAAGAUUAUUAUCUCACAGGGUAAUGAGACAGAGCUCACAAAAUACAGAGAUGGGUGUGAUCUGCCUCACCAAGCUGUAUGCUGUCUGAGUUAGUGCAUUCUUCUUGGUUCUGAGAUGUGCUGCAGAGCACGGAGAUGUAUCACAGAGUUGCUCAUCUCACAAGGAGACGUAUCAUAGAAUGUCAUUCUGUGACAUCUAGAUGACCUGAGAAUAUUACAAGAUUUUUUUUCCUAGAUUCAAGCUGCAUCCUGUACAGCCAUGGAUAUCUCACAGAUUAUUAGGUUGUGUCCCAUGGAGGCAUCCCACAAAAUACUAUAUAUCAUAUAGAGUUGUAUAGAGUGUGUAGUCCUAUAGAGUAUUGAGUUUUGGAGUGAGAGUUGUUGAACACAACAUUGGGCAUAUUAGCAAGAUAUUUCAUUUGCUACGAGUAACUGUCCUGCUGAUUUCAGUCUUGAUUUUUUCCCAGAUGUGUGUUUCGUGCGUAUUAUCCUUUUGAUUGUUCUAUAGUCUGUCAAGGGAAUAUUUUGAUGUGUGAUAGUAAAACUGUGAUACCAUAUGAGUUGUAGCAAAACUGUUCAAAUUAUAAUGUAGUUUAGGAUUUGUUGUCUUGCAGUUUAUGUAGCCUGUUCAUAAUGUUUGUAGCUGGUCACACUAGGUUACUUUAAAUAUGAAAAGCCAUUAAUAAGUUUGAUCAGUGUGGAUUAAUAAUGCUGCUCUUGAUUCUUGACGAGGAAGUUUGUAGCUGUACAUAGAACUUCCAACAAGCAAGUCCCAGCACUUGGCUAUAGAAGUGUGCAUGUUUACUGAAAGGGGAAGGACUUCAGUGCUUUGUGGGAUCAAAGAUCAGCUUCUGAAGACCAGCAGCUUUUGUCAGAAUUAGAUUAUGGUCACCGUCUAUAUAAAAUUAUCACGAAGUAUGGUUAUGUUGAAAACAGCAAGUAGGUGUCCAGAGAGAGCAGACAAUGAAGCAUUGUGACUGGCAUGCUGACACAGGAGCUGCACUUUAAGGGGGAAAAAAAAAGGAACACCCUGUUAUGAUCAACCCUCAAUUUUCUGAGAAGUGGUGGUGAUGCACUUGAACAAGUUAAUGGGUUAAGCUUUGCAAGGCUGGGGUGGGUUGAACACUUCCUGCUUACCCAGCAUGUUAGUACUUGAUAUCUGUGAGGAUAAAAAGCACUGGAGGUUGGGGUGCACUUUUUACAUGACAAAGCUUGGACACAAUGAACCAUUCAUAUUCACUUUUCGUAUGGACUAUGAAACAUUUUACUUCUGACUUUUGUGAUUUCUGAAACCAGUUUUGUUCUCACUUUGACAGUUUCAUUUAUCUUGCUUCCUGGUGAGGCUAAAUUUUAAAAUGAAAAGAUGAAUUUCUCCCAUUUGCAUAUUUACUCUUGCAACAUACUUGACACCCUGUUACAUGUGGCGUAAGACCUUAAUUUAGCAUGUAACUGGUGAUAUUGUCCUGCUUUAUAGUACAUACCACCUGUCAUUUAACUCAUUGCUUAUUGAAAUACAUUGUCAGAAAGUUUUAGCGUAUUGUAUUUAUAGCUUUGUAACGAUUUUUCAUAUAAUCCUCCUGUUUGUUGUCAAAUGAAGUGUGUUGUUACCCAUUUUCAAAGGUUCUUAUUGUAACUGUUAUAGAUGUGUCUACUUGUCAGUUAUGUCUUUGUUGUCAAAUAUCUGACUUGACAUUAAUGUGACUCAAAGUAAUGUAGCUGAAAUCCUAGGUCAGUUCACUUUCAGUAAGAGUGCUUCUUAUGUUUCUAUUACUGUGCUUUAACGGAUAGCUGUUGUCUUAGCUUUUGUGAUUGUGAAAUGAAUGUGUGUGUGUGCAUCCAUAAAUGUGCAUGCAAACAUGUUUGUUCAUUCAUAAGAGAUCAUGUCAAUAUGAGACUAAGUCACUUAUCAUGAGACUUGUGCCACAGGCACUCAAACUUCAGCUGAUUUGAAGAGCUGAAAAUUGAAUGUGUUCAUUAAGACAAGGUGAUUUGCCGGCCUUUUUUUUGUGUUUACUAACAUUGCUGAUUACCAUGAGAGGGUUCACUGUACCUUCCAUGCUGAUGUAUAUCAAGACUUGGCUAGCUUUCCAUGUGGCAUAUGUACUUACAAAAUUCUAUGAGAAAAUCUAUUUGCAGAAUGGAAAAGGGGCAUUUAAAUGCAUGAGCAUUGCAUAUUUCCAUUUAUGGCUUCGGUUGCUUUCCAUUUCGGAUAGGAAUUUGUCCCUUUCUUUCUGUGGACAGAGUACACUAACAGCAUUUUGACUGUGGCUUACCUUAGAUUUUAACAACCCAAAGCCUUAGGAGUCUGUGAUAUAAUAGCUCCCACCCUUGCUGCUUGUUUGUAUUGGAUUAAUGCUGUCAAUCCAGUCAGUGAACCCACAUUUAUGUUACUGAAUUGUUUUUUUUUUAAGACAAGUAAACAGCAAUACAUACUCCACCCUUUAGAACCUACAAUCAGUUUUGUGUUAACUCAAGCUUUAUGCAUGGAUUUUUCAUGUGUUUUUCUUUAGGAAAUUUAGCCCAGUUUGCUUAGUGACCAGCAAACAAAUUUUUUGGUUUGCUUUUUGUUUUAUCACUAGCAUAAUUAAGGCAUUGCUUCUUGUUUGUUAAAUAACUAUUAACUUGAACCUGUGACAAUCUCAAGUGGUUUUUGUCAGUGGCUUACAGUUAUAUUUACAAACACUUUUGGUAAUAAAAUGCUGUAAUAUAGGGCAUAAUUCAUUUAAACAUUCAAGUAUGUAAGUGAUCCCAAGUCCCACAAAACAUUUCAUUUAAAGCUUCUAUAUGAUCAUUUUGAGCUUGUAUAUAUAAAGCUUAUGCUUUUUUGUUGUUCCCUCUUCACUGCCACCACUGGAGUGUCAUAUUUUAGCCACCAGUCAUUUCAGACAUUUUUCUGUAUUAUUUUUCUUUCAGUGCACCAGCAGAAAUGCGCAAAGCUUUGAUACAUGUAUUUCUAAAUUUUUACUUUUGUUAAAAAUCCAUGUAGAUGAUUCAACUGUUUUAUCAGCAUCCUUGAGCUGGUAUAAUUUUGUUUACCGUUACAAAACGAGGCGCUAAAAUAAACUCAAGAGGAAACCACUGUGCUGUUAGUUCUCAAGGCAGAUGAAGAAGAAAGAGAAGGUGCUGACUGUAUUCUUACUUUCCAGCAAGUGUUAGCAGACUGAUGAGGGUAUGACAAUUGUGACAUUUGUUGAUAAUAUGAUUUUAUUCACAAAGAUUCAUGGUAUAAUUCUCUAGUUAUAUGUUAUUUAUUAUAUUUUGGUUUGUCUACUAGUCAAAGAGACACAGAACUUGCUGUUAAAGAACAGCAGUGAAGCACACCAUGACAAAAAAAUUAUGAAUUGUAGGUUCAGAUUUCAUCUUUUUACACACAUUAUAUCAUUGGAUAUGGUAUAUGUUUAUAGGGAUCUGCUUUCCAUGUUAUAACCUUAGUUGUUAGUUUGAUGUAAACCAACAAUGAUUGUGCCAUUAACCAUCAGUGUCAAGACCUUAACCCCUGACUUACCAAUGUAAAGGAGUAGACUGGUCAUCCCAUGCAGGACUUGCUCACCAUCACUCAAGACAUGUCUGAAUGGCGAGCCUUGUCAUUUGUGUCUGUUGAUACGACUGGUACCAAUCAAGGGAUGAAUGAAUGUCAUGGUAAACGUAAAUUGUAACCUUCAAUAAUGUAGCUUGUCUCAUAACAGAACAAACCAUAUACAAAUAAUUUUACAGUUUAGAAUAGCAAUAUGCAAGGAUUUGUGAGGUUUAAUGCUAUCAAAAAGUUGGAGUAUUUUUGUUGUGGAGAGCACUGGGUUAAACUUUAACAUGAGAUUACCAACAGGUAGACAGAUUUGAUCCCCAAACUUAAAUGUCAAAGAUGUGAAGUACAAAGCAUGCUGUCACUGUAACUUGCUGUGGAAAUUUAUAGCAAGAGCUUACAUACACUGACAAAGCUCAUAAUUCUGACUAGAAGUCAUAAGUAGUCAGCCAGUAAAAGCCCUACUUCUGUGCUCAAAAUGGAUCAAAUGGCAGUGUGGCUUGGGAUGAGUUGACUUGCUCAAGACGGAUACAGUACAUAUAGGAUCCUGUCCAGUGUCAUUUAUUCAUUUCCUUGUGAUCAAGCUGUACUCAUUUUUCAUCUGCCUGUAACUAUUAAAUAUGCAUUUUGGCUUCUGAAA